AUGGCGGAAUCAAACCCCAACAGCUCAUCCAAACCCCAGCGUCUCUGUCUUCGCCCGCGACGCGAAUCCGACGCCGAAGCUUUGUUCCCAACAAUGUCGCACUCAGACUCCAUGCGCUACUGGUCCCGCGCACCCUUUACAUCUGUCGCAGAUCUACGCAAAGACUUUGCUUCCACAGAGUCACCUACUUGCACUUGGAAAAUCUGGGCCAUCACCAAACUCGACUCAGACACCGCCAUUGGUUUCGUAGCUGCGAGCUCAAAACGUAGGGGUGUUUCUGAAAUCGGUUAUCUUAUUGCUCGAGAAGAGCUAGGCAAGGGGUAUGGCAGGGAAGCUGUGGGAUUGUUGAUCAGCCAGUUGUUUGGCCAGGGACAACGGCGUGUCUUUGCUGAUGUAGAUCCUGACAAUCGGGGUUCUAUCAAGUUGCUUGAGACGUCAGGGUUCAAGUUGGAGGGACGUCUGCGUGCAGAGUGGGAAACACAUAUCGGGAUAAGGGACUCCUUGAUUUACGGUCUUUUGGCUGAUAAACCGACGGUCGCUCAAUGA